AUCUAUCUAUCUACCUAUCUAGCUCCCUCUCCCUCGACGUCGACGCGCGAUGAGCGAUUAUUCCCGGUGGGCGACGGCCGUAAGGUGAAUCGGCACGCUGGCCGGUGAACCGCGAAACCGCCGGCUAUAUUUAUUUAUAGUGACUCGGGUAGUUUCGCGACAAUUCUUUUCGUGUCCUCGCCGCUCACGGAUCAUUUCGAUAACGUCUCCCCCGCAACGACGCCGCACACCGAUAUCGAGGUGUAAUAUAAGCGAUCUCACGGGGAGAUCUCGCGUGUGUCGUAAUGAAUCGUCGGGAUCGGUCGCCCGAGCUCGGAGAGAAGGAGCGCCGUGCACGCGACGACGGCGACGUUGAUGUGCGAGGGUGAUACGAUAAUAGCGAAGACGAUCAGUCGGAAGACGGGUGAAGCCGCUGAAGAUGAUGUUCACCGGUGGCUCGCACGCCAAGAGGCGAAACGCCGGCGGCGGAAGCGCUGGCAGCGGCGGCGGCUCGACCUCCGGCAGGAAGUCCUCCGUGGACCACCGGAACUGUUCGGCGCGCGUCGCCACCGAAGGAUACACGUACAGGACGAGAGUGCCGACGUUCCUGAACCCAACGGAGCUGCCGCCAACCACCUCGGCCACGAGCAAGACCUAUGUCUACAAGACCAGGGUUCCUCGAAGGGACGCCGCAUCGGCAGCGACGAUGUUGCCGUCACGAGAAAACAAAAACAUUGGACGCGCCAUCACGAAAAGAAGGGGCGCCGUUAAGCAUAACAAGGUGCAUGUUGUGCGCGGUCACAAGCUCGUGGCGAAGUUCUUCAGGCAGCCGACAUUCUGCGCCUUCUGCAAGGAGUUUUUGUGGGGUUUCGGAAAGCAGGGAUAUCAGUGCCAAGCGUGUCAAACGGCGGUGCAUAAGAAGUGCCACGACAAGUUGCUGACGAAAUGUCCCGAGAGCGGCAGAGAAUCGGAAAAUACGAUAUACCUGAGGGAGCGUUUCAAGAUAGACGUGCCGCACAGAUUUCGGACGUACACCUUCAUGUCGCCGACCUUCUGCGAUCACUGCGGCUCAUUGUUGUACGGAUUGUUCCGGCAGGGCUUAAGAUGCGACGCCAAGAAUCGUCUGCGUCGCGAUCGACCGACCAUCAAGAUCCGCUCGCAGGCCCUGAAAGACAAUCCGAUGUUGCGCCAGCACAAUGAACGACACGAGAAGUCGGUGGGCGAGCUCCUGAUGGAGAAGUUCCUUAUCAAGGACAAGAAGUCGUCCAGCGACGGCCAGCAGCAGCCAGUGCGCCUCUACCAUCAGAUCAGCCUGGACAGCCUGGACGAGAGCGCUCAGGACCGCGAGGCCUUGCAAAAGCGAGUCACUCGGCGACUCACACGGCGCAGAUCCUCCACCGACCUGCAACUCGACCCUGAGCAGCUGCAACGAGAAGCCACGUACGCUCAGGUGCAGGCGAAGUUGUUGGACAGCCUGGUGGCGGAGGAGCAGGCGCAGAUCGAGAGCGAGGUUCGUCGCGGUACUCUCAUCAGGAAAGGGACGGUGAGAGGUCCGAUGAACGGCCACUCGUACUACUCGAGCCAUUCCGGCGAGUCCGACACGAUGACGCGCGAGGAGGAGGAGGAAGCGUUGAGAAUGAGGAAGACCACGAAGAAGACCAAGAGGAAGAAGAAACCGACCGACAAGCCAUCACCACCCGACAAGGCGGACGCAAACGACCACACGGCUGAUGACAGGAGAUUAAGUUCCUCCAGCGAGCUGUCCACUGACUCAAAGAUCGAAGAAGAGGAGGACUCGUUGGAGGAGAACGGCCCGCGGCCGCAGAUGUACAAGAUCGAGGCGUGCAACAGCGCCGGCGACUUCUCCACGAUCUGGGUGAACGCAUCUGAGAACGAACCGCAGCACAAACUGAACGUCGACCAGUUCCGCGAGAGCGUAAGGGUUCCUAUCCCCAAGAAACCCGGAAGCAGCGGUACUCAUACGAUCGCUACGGCGAAAAAGGCGGAUGAGGCGGAGACGCAAGUGGUAUUGCCAGUGAGGAAACUAUACGUCAAAGACCCGUCGAGAAACAGCGUGUACUUGACGUUGAAGAAGCCACUGGAGAAGCUCUGCGACGAGAAGCUUGACGCGAGACUCGAGACGAACGCGGAGGAGGCUGAGGACGAACGUUUGGCGAACGGCUUCGUCGAAGCGUCGACGAAUCGAAUCCUUCAAGAAGACGGCUUGAAGAGCUCCAAAUGCGACAAUGAGUCGUCAAAGUUGCACGAUGAAGUGGGGCCGGCUGAUGAUGUUAAGGACGUGAUGUUCAAGAAGACUGCUGGGAAGCUUAGGAAAGUGGAAGAGUCUCUAACGAAGAAGAAGGACGUUCGUGUCACUCCGAGAAGCCUGGACGUCGACGUCGACGACGGUGACUCACGUGUCGUCAAACGAGACACUGUUAUCUUGAAGAUGAAGGAUGAUGAAGUACGAGAGACUGACAUCAAAGCUGAGUCCCCGAAGAGUAUCGAGACGACGAACGCUUCUUCAAUUUCUGUAGAAUCGGGCGUUUCGACGUGUACGCAAACGAAACAGUUGGAAGCGUCAAAAGAUACGCCUGAUGUGAAAGUGAAGAAAGACAACGAGAGUCGCAAAAACGAGGUCGCGAUUGCCGCUGCGAAGAAGAACCUGGAAGCGACCACGGCAGUCAAGACUUCAAAAGCUCUAGUCUCGUCUAAAGAUGCUCCCUCUACGCCCACGAGGAAAAAUAACGAGGAUCAGAGGAACGAGAGUACGAUUGGUGUGAAGAAGAAUCUGGAAACAAUGGUCAAGACAUCAAAAUCGUCUGCCUCGUCUAAGGACGUUAUUUCUGCGGCCACGAAGAAGGAUAAUGAGAAUCAGAAGAAUGAGAGUGCGACUGGUGCUGCAAAAAAGAACCUGGAAGCGACAACAGUUAAGACGUCGGAAGCUCUCACUUUGUCUAAGGACGCUCCUUCUAUGACCACAAAGAAAGACGACGAGAGUCAGAAGAACGAGAGCGCGAUUAACGCGACGAAAAACUUGGAAGCGAUUCCUACAACUAAAACGCAGGAAUCUGUCAUUUCAUCUAAAAAUGUUCUCUCUGCGAACAUGAAAGACAACGAGAAUCAGAAGGAUGAGAGUGCGAUUGGUGCUACAAAGAAGAACCUGGGAGUGGUCAUAAAAAAAGACAACGAAAAUCCGAGGAGUGAGAGUAUGAUUGGUACAACGAAAAAGAGCCUGGAAACAGUUCCUAUAACUAAGACACAGGAAUCUGCCAUUUUGUCUAAAGAUGCUCUCUCUGCGACCACGAAGAAAGACAAUAAAAAUCAGAGGAAUGUGAGUGCGAUGAAAGGAAAUUUGGAAACGGUUUCUACGGCCAAGACGAAGACGUCGGAAAGCCCAACUCUGCCUAAGGAUGUUUUCUUCACGAAGAAAGACAAUGAGAACGCGAUGAGCAUCUCGAAAAAAGAUCUGGAAAUCGUCCCUGCGACCAAGACGAAGACGUUGGAAGGCCCCAUUCCGCUUAAGGGUGUUCUCUCCACGAAAAAAGACAAUGAGAACGCGAUGAGCAUCUCGAAAAAGGAUCUGGAAACCGUCCCUGCGAUCAAGAUGAAGACGUCGGAAGGCCCAACUCCGCUUAAAGGUGUUCUUUCCACGAAGAAAGACAAUGAGAACAUGAUGAGCAUCUCGAAAAAAGAUCUGGAAACCGUCCCUGCGGUCAAGACGAAGACGUCGGAAAGCCCAACUCCGCCUAAGGAUGUUCUCUCUACGAAGAGAGACAACGAGAACGCGUUGGGUAUCUCGAAAAAGGAUCUGGAAACCAUCCCUGCAGCCAAGACGAAGAUGCCGGAAAGCCCUGCGUCGUUCAAGGAUGUUCUCUCCACGAAGAAAAACAAUGAGAAUGCGAUGAGCAUCUCGAGAAAGGAUCUGGAAACCGCCCCUGUGAUCAAGAUGAAGAUGUCGGAAGGCCCAACUCCGCUUAAAGGUGUGAAAGGCUUAAAUGAGAAUGUGAUGGGCAUCUCGAAAAAAGACCUAAAACCCGUUUCUGCGAUCAAGACGAAGACGUCAGAAGUCCCUGCUUCGCCCAAGGAUGCUUCCUUGCCCAAGAAAGACAACGAGAGUCGCAAGAACGAGAUUGCGAUUGGCGGUACGAAAAAGAUCCUGGAAACGGCGACCAAGCCCAAAACUCCGGAAGCUCUUGCUGCUUUGAGGACAGACAAGCUCGCGGAGGAGGAAGCGCAAGGCACGUCGGCCGCGCCAAAGAUCCUGGCGAUGUCGCACGAAGACGUAAGAACGACGACAACGGCGGAACGGAGCGUUAGCACGUACGCUGGCGAUACGCGUGAAAACAGCGCCAGCAUCGCGACGAUGCCCACGCCGAGCGCGGCCAGUCUGCCAAAAGCGUCUAAAAUUAAUGCAGAUAGAAAUAAUGCCGUAGAAGCGCCAGAGCUUUCGUUACGAGAGGCGGCGGCGUACCUGCCAGCCGAAUCGUCCGCGAACAAGAGCGAACGCCACGUCACCGAGGUGGACGUGGUCGGGGUAGCCGCGUUGCCGGGAAAGAAGGCGGACAAAGCGUGGAACUUGGCGAAGAAAAGCGCGUCUGCCCUCGACGUCCCCCCGAAGAAAGCCAAUGGCGUAAACGAAGCGGGCGAGCUGGCCCGUGGACAUCGCGACGACACCGCGAAGUCGAAAUGUGACGAGACGACCUUGCCCGAAGGCACGAGCGGCGAAGUGCGCAGCAACGAGACAACGAAGGCGGGAAAUGUCAAGUUGACGAGAGACGUCGGUUUGACGAAAACGCCCGGAUACAAAACAGGAACCGCGGCGCGCGAAUUAUCUGCGGAAGCGACCUCCUCGUCGAUUGCACCGGCGCGGAGCGAGGCGAAAACGACCGUCCUUGGGACUGACGCCUCCGAGGCAGCGAAGCCGUCCAAGGUCGAUGUAAAGAAGGUCAGCGCGCUUGUCGACGCAGAGGAAGACUCGUCGAGAGACUCGGGUGUGUCCAGCCCGAAAGACAAAGUGUCAAAGACAAAGUUCGGCGGCGCGGAAUCAAAGUUUCCCUUCAAGAUAAGGACUCUUCAGAAGACAAGCGAAGUCGGUAAGGACUCGAGUACGUCCAAAGCGACGAGCCACGACGAUGGCAAGGCACCGACGGCCGCCAGGAGAGACGCCAAUGCACCGAGAGUCCUGAAGAAGAGCACCUCCGUCGAUCCUCUGAAAUCAACGAGUGAUUUCUCGCCAGCCAACGCUAACAUCUUCUCCAAGACGCUGCAACAGUCUGUGUCAGUUGAUGAGAAAACCACAGGCAAGAGCAUGCCGGUGAAGAAGCUGCUCGAGCCGACCAAGCUCCCCAGCAAGGCGACAGAGAAGAAGCUCGACGUAAGCUGCGAGAAGUCACAGGUGGAACCGAGCGGACAACUGUCCAAGAGCGCGUCCACCGAGUCCAUCGACUUCUGGAGCGAGAUCAAAGCGCCGGAAAGUCCCAGAGCGACCAGGUCGAAGCAGAGCGCGGCUCCGCCCAGCAAUGCAAACGCGGUCAGCUCGAAGAUCGAGGAGAAGGCGGAUCCGAUUUCGGGCCCGAAAUGGGCGUCCAGCGAGUCAGCAGCGAAGCCGUCGGCGACGACGGCGGCGAUAAAAGAGCCCGGCGAGAAAAAGAACGAGAGCGCCGUUAAAAUAAGCGUCGCGCCCGGCGCUACAGCGGCAGUCGCACCCAACGACGUCGCCGAAGCGAGGAGGCCGAAGGAGAGAGCGGUGGUCCCGCCGGUGGAAGCCACGCGGUCGAAGGCGGAGGUGGAGAAGGGCGCGCAGCAGCAGACGAAGGCGCCGCGGGCGAAGAGGAAGAACAACCUCUCGAUCGCGAUCGACAAGGACUCGACCGUGAAGAAGGCGCCGACCAAGCGCGAGGAUUCCGCGAUCUCGUCUCAACCUGAACCCAACACAGCGACCUCGAACACCUCCUCGGAAGAGUCCACUCCACUGGCGGUGCCGGAGAUCACCGUGCCGCUGAUUAAUAUAAUCGAGGUGCCGAAGUUGUCCGGGUCCGACGGCCAAAGCGCCGAUCACGAGGAUUAUGAGGACGUCAGCACGCCCACGAACGAGCUUGCUGAUCCCGCUCUGGCCAAGAUCUCCAAGUGGAGCCACCGUGACGAUCUAACGGCCACGGACGACGCGGAGACUCCGGUGGUAUCGGAGGAGGCCAGCUUGGCAGCUAGUCCCGCCAUCAGUCCGCAGUCUUCGAAGACGAAGCACGCGGUGAAGAAGAAGAAACCGUCCAGCAAGAAACCGUCCACCAAGAGCGACAAGGAGACGGCCAAGAGGGCCAGCAGCGAGUCCACCACGACGACGAGUCGUGGCGAGCAGAGCACGCUGGUCGUGAAGCCGCAGCAAACAGACCAGCAGCUCCGGUUGAAGCCGUCGCUCAACGGCUCGCCCAGGAACAGCCCGAGGAACUCGCCGUCGCAGCGGCCGCUGGACCUCAUCAAGAUGUUCUAUACGACGCCGUCGGCGCUGCUCACCGCGACACCCCGCGACCUCACCAAGAUCAGGAGGGCAAAGAUCAAACGGCGCAGGCAUCACUCGAGAACGCCGUCCGUCAGCAGCGACAGCACCGGAAGCACCACCAGCAGCACCGCCACCACGGAGAGUACGGAUGGUAGCGUCUCCACUUGCACCGAGCUCGACGACGAGGCCGAGCACAAGCGAAUGAAUUCCACGAGGAGCAAUGACUCUGGCUUCGACGGCUCGCCGAGAAUCUCGACACCCUCGCAGUCGUCGGACAAUCAGCGCAACUCAGACUCCUCGGAUCACUUCCCCAGCGGCCGGAUUACGCCGCCGGCGACGAACCUGCCGAGGUUUAAGAAGUACGCGGUGACUGAUUUCAACUUCCUCAAGGUUCUGGGUAAAGGUAGCUUCGGCAAGGUUCUAUUGGCCGAGCUGCGUGGCACGGAGUGCGCGUACGCCGUCAAGUGCCUGAAGAAGGACGUGGUCCUUGAGGACGACGAUGUGGAGUGCACGCUGAUCGAGAGGAAGGUGCUGACGCUGGCGACAAGGCAUCCGUAUCUCUGCCACCUGUUCUGCACCUUCCAGACCGACUCGCACCUCUUCUUCGUCAUGGAGUACCUCAACGGCGGCGAUCUGAUGUUCCACAUACAGAAGUCCGGCCGGUUCCCGGAAUCGCGUGCGCGCUUCUACGCCGCCGAGAUCUGGUCCGGCUUGAAUUUCCUACACAAGAAAGGCAUUGUGUAUCGGGAUCUCAAGCUGGAUAACGUACUGCUGGACUUUGACGGUCACAUUCGAAUCGCGGACUUUGGAAUGUGCAAACUGCAGAUCUUCUUGGACAGAACGGCCGACACGUUCUGUGGCACGCCAGACUACAUGGCACCGGAGAUUAUAAAAGGACUCAAGUACAAUCAAGCCGUAGACUGGUGGUCCUACGGUGUUCUUCUGUACGAGAUGCUGACCGGCCAGUCGCCGUUCUCCGGAUGCGACGAGGACGAGCUGUUUUGGAGCAUUUGCAACGAGCGGCCUUUCAUACCGCGGUAUCUAAGCCAAGACGCCACCGACAUGUUAGUCUGCUUGUUGGAGAAAGAUUCCGGGAAGAGACCGCCCGGCCAUGAGAUCGCUAUGCACGCCUUCUUCCAGCACUUGCCGUGGGAUCGGCUGGAGAGGAGACAGCUGGAGCCGCCGUUCAAGCCCGCGCUCGACCACACCCUGGACACGAGAUACUUCGACACGGCGUUCACGACCGAACGUCCGCGACUCACGCCGGUGCCCGAGCAGAUCCUGACGUCGAUGGAUCAGGGCGUCUUUCGCGGAUUCUCUUACACGAACCCGAACGCGACAGACUGACAUGUGACAGGCAACGAGUGAGACGAGCCACGCAGGGGGCGUGUAGCCUUCAGUUCGUUUGUUCUCCCCUUCGCACACAUUCUCGUGUUACUUAACAGCGGGGGAAAAGAAGAGGAGAAGGACGCCUCGUAUUGUUGUUGGCUCGCAUGGAGUCUCGACGGGAGAAGGGGAGGAAGACACAGCUAGUCGUAUCUCGAAGACGCGUAAAACGCGCGGGUCGCCAAGGAGAUCGUCACGCCCGAUGAGACAUCUUGGGAGCGACUGUAGAUACGAGCCGAGAAUCGAAUAAUAACCGCGGACGGCCAGCUCGUAAUGUAAGAUUGUACUUCUGUCGUUUAAUGUUCCUCCAAACUAUAGUCGACUCGUGUGAGCGUACGGGUCGAGCGUAAAUGUAAGAAUACACCGGCUCUUCCACGACCACCGUGUGGUGUUUCAGCAGCGCAAGUCGGAGAUUAAUCUUUGAUAGCCUAUUCUGCCACCUUUCCGGGCGACCAAAGAUUUGUUCUUUUUAGCUGAACUGCCUGCACUGAUGCGAUAAGUUAGAGUAAAAAUUAUUUAUCUCACUCUAAUUUAUCAAUAUGUACCAGCUCAGUCAGUUCAACUAAAGAGAACAGACUCAGUGUGUCUAACAUGAUACGUCAUUGCGCAACUCUUCUAUUGUGUACCUUGUACUUGCGCAACGAUGCUAUAACGAUGCUAUAACGACACUGUCGUUUAGAGUUAUAGAAUAGAUCUGCAGGAGGCUCCCGAUCAAUUGCCGGCGCACGUGAUAUAUCGCACGCUGGCUGUGGAGCCGAGGGGCGCACCGUAUAGAUUUUUAUAUCAUAGACAUAGGACAAUUAGAUGUAUGCUGACAACUGUGCGUGCAGUUGAUGAUAUUAUUUAUUUAGCUCAGUCAAUUGUUUGCGUAGUCGCGAUCGAAUCGCUCGUGGCCGUCGCUGAUAGUCAGAUGUAUUCUAGUCUUCUGUGCCUGAACAAAGCUCUCUGUCGUCGUCGUCGUCGGCACCGUAAACUCAAAGGAGAGGUAUAGUAAACUCGGAGGAAGGAUCGUGAGAAACGUCGACACUAUGAAGGACGAUCGACUGGAGGAAAAUGGUUGUAUAGAGAUCGCUAGGAACGUUAUAGACGCGUGCGUUUUAUUCAGAUGUAACAUUAGACCAUGAGGGAGGCUCCGGACUAACGGUAGAGACAGGCACGUGUGAUAAAAUCUCGCACUUUCGGCGGCAAUUGCUGCUCGCUCUCGGGCGUGUGCGCGUUUAUACACACGUUUCGCGGGCUUUCCGCAUUCCUUCGAGCGUGAUCGCGGAAAAGCGCGUGUCACCGCUGCGCGCACUCCUCCCAUCCUGGUGUAAAUUUCGGCGAUGCGUAAUUACCCGCCGCUUCUCCGCCGACGGUUAUUAUAAGUCCCGGCCUCACGUUACCGCGGCGGCUAGGGUUAUUAAUACAUGAAGUGCCUUAUUAUUUUGGCCACGAUGGAGUCUCGAGUGUUUUCCUCGGCCGGACACUCGGCCCUCCAAACAGACCUCUGCUACCGGCUCGAAUCGGUUUUCUUCUCGCGCCGCCUUUGGUGUUCUGCUCUUAUAUCUCUCUCUCUUUCUUUUUCUCUUUUUCUCCAUGAACCAACUUGAGCGCCGGUUCUGUCUCCUUCUUUUCUUUUCCUCACUUCCCACGAAUAACAUCCGGCUCGAUUUAUCUGCUUUCUUUUCCUCUUAUCUCUCAACAUCUCCGCGAAUCUCGAACCGCACUUCAUAUUUCGCGUCACUGUCCUCCGGCUCUCUCUUUCUUUCUCUUUUCGUGGUUUCCUCUCACUCGUUCCCUUGUUCUCCUUUUUCCGACUUUCGUCGUUACGUUUUUCCUACCCUCUUAAUUAUACUCUCUCUCUCUCUCUCUUUCUCUCUCUCUCUCUCUCUCUCUCUCUCUCUCUCUCUCUCUCUCUC